AUGCAAGAUGCCUGCUGGACACAAAAAUCUGACAAAAAACCUGGUGGCGUGAAAAUAGAUGAGAAACUGAAAAUGCGUACCACAGUCAAUCUCACGCGACUGGAUAUUGAGGAGGCACCACACAUCUUCUCUCUCAAAAAGGACAAGAACCUACGCUUCGCCCCACUAGUCGCUAGCACUCCUGACGCAAGCUUCGCGGACAUAACUACGGAUGACCCAACCAUAGUCGGGAUCCUCAACCGUAAGUUAUUAUCACCUAUGAAACCAUUGCACGCUCCAGUAAAGGUUGUCAAAGGUCCCAUCAAGCUGCCCACCAUUCGACCAAUAGCUGCGGUGAACAGGAUACUUGGUAAUCCACCACCUAAGGCAAUCACCUCAGCUCAUACCUCGAAGCAACCCAAAUCUUAUUCCUCCAAAACUAAAAACUUAAGAAUCAUUCUUUCUGCACCAAAACCCGAAAGGUUGGCAAGCGUCGUCAGGUUGCUCCUAAAGCGAACACCAACACAGGACUGUAAGAAAAAUAAGACGCACCAAACCCCUCUUCUCUUCCCAGUAGACCGGUCUCACCCACCAGACAGAGUAAAACCCCUGAAAACCGGCAAGUCAAUCUUGUCAGUACGCAAUAUGAAUACCAAAAAAAUGGCAGCACUAGACCUGCUGAAAUACAUAGUGUGCAGGUGGUGA